UUUAUUAUUGAGGGGGCAGGGCCAUCAAGCUACAGGCCUAAGCCUUUUUCACAGUAGAUAACCCGUUCAAACUGGAUUCAGCUUAGACAUCCUAAUUCAGCCCAUUAAGGAGGAAGGACCUCCAGUUUGGAGGGAAAACCUCUACCCUGGAUUGGCCAGCAUUACAUCAGAGAUACACUGACUCUUCUCCUUGGAUCCCAAGCUGUCAAUCUCUGGAAGUGUGGGAUAGCCUUCCCUCUCUUUGUAUCACUAUAAAAUAGGGGACAAGAAUCCCUCCAUGUUGUCACAUCAGUACAGUAGGCACCGUGUCACCAGCUGCUACUUGUGUCCAGAAAGGGAGAUGCUGUAGGGGUCAAUGCCCCCUCAGCCAAGGACCAGCUACUCUAAGGCUCGCUCUAAGCCAAGUGACAAGUUUGUUCAUGUCUGUGGUGGCACCCUCAUUCACAGAGACUGGGUUCUCACUGCUGCACACUGCUUCCAGAAGGGGAAAGCAGAAGAUGUCACAGACUGGCGAAUUGUUUUGGGCAAGCAUAACCUUAACCACCCUGAAUCCACAGAGAAAAGCUACCGGGUGAAACGCAUUUAUCGGCAUGAACGUUUCCACUAUCCUCAGCUAAAUGAGCUGGAGUAUGACAUUGCUUUGGUCAAGCCAAUGGAAACCAUUGUAACCAACAGGUUUAUCCAUUAUGCCUGCCUGCCAGAGAGAGACAGCUUUCUCCACCCGGGACACUCCUGCUGGGUGACUGGCUGGGGAGGCACAAGAGGUGGGAACGAAAACUUGACUCUGUCCGAAGUUUUGAACCAGGCCAGAUUGCCAGUCAUAGAUUUCAGCACAUGCCAUCUCAAGAAAUUCUGGGGAAACAAAAUCCAUCCAUCAAUGCUUUGUGCUGGACUGAGAGAUACUGCAGGGUCUCCUGCUGCCUGCCAGGGAGACUCCGGUGGCCCACUUGUUUGCCAGAUUGGAAGAGAGAUGUGGGAAGUCCAUGGGGUUGUCAGCUUUGGACCAGUUGGAUGCCAGGUGCAGAACAAGCCCACUGUCUUUACUAGGACAUCUGCAUAUAUUUCCUGGAUUGAAACUAUCAGGAUGCAGGAUUUCUUUUUGUGAAGACAGGAGAGAACAAAGGAAGUGCAGAACUAUCAAUAAAGUCCUUUGUAAAGCA